AUGGGGAAGGAAACGCUCAACCUUCUGCCAAUAACUGCUGGAGAUUGUUUGACGACAUGCAGACAGCCCAAUUACAUCUGUAAAGACAAGACGUGUGUUUGCAACAUUGGAUUCAGCACCACAACAGAUGGCAAAUGUGUCAAAGGUUGCAGCAGUUACAAGGAUUCAUUCACUGUCCAGCAAGAAGGACUCUGUAUGUGGAAGUACCAGGAGAAAUAUGCAGGCCGCAACUCUGCCUGGUGCCACAAGAAAUGCAUUAUGUCCGACUUUGAAUGUGGAAGUUUCGAAAUGUAUGACGAUACGUGUCAUAUCAGCAAAUGGAAACUCAAAUACUUUCAACAUGAGAUUUGGCAACCAUAUACAGGCUGUAAGCACUACACAAGAAAUUGCAACCACAAAGGUAGCCACUGUGAUGUUUGUGAUGGACCCCAGUACCAGUGUCGAGACAACAAGUGCGUGUGCAGUCGCGGAUAUAGCUUCGUUGUUGGAGUGGGCACCUGUGUCGGAGAGUGUGUCUCAUAUGCCCAUAGUUUCACAAAACAGUCGACACAUCACUGUUUUCGGAAAUACAAAAGGAAGUACCCCAAAACAACAGCUAAGACCUGUGAACACAAAUGUCGACACGAGAAAAAGUUCACCUGUGGAGCAUUUCACAUUUAUAAAGGAAACUGUUACACCAUGGAAUGGGAUAUGACCUCACUUGAGAAGACCUGGGAAAGAAAACAGAAAGGAUGUGAACAAUACAUGAGGGAUUGUAAACCUAACUGCGAGAUGGGCUACAGCCUCAUCCCCGACAAGAACAGGUGCGUCCGAGAUUGCAAGGUGUACAGUACCAAGUUUCAGAAACAGUCCAACUUUAUCUGUGACACAAAAUAUGACAAAAAACUAAAAAAUGUCGAUAGAAGAGGUUGUGAAAGGGCAUGCCUGAAAUCCAAGAAGAUGUGUGACGGAUAUGAACUCCACAAGAACAACUGUUAUAUUAUUCCAGAAAACAAGGGUCACGGUGCAGAGUGGAAGGUAUAUGAUAAAGGCUGUACUCACCAUCAGAGAAUAUGCAAGGAAUAGUUACAACACAGGACACCUAU